AUGGAGCUGAGUUUGCAGGAAAGUUUACUGCUAAAAUCCUUGGGUCUGAGCGCCAAGCCCAGCCCGAAAACCCCCGUUCCUGUGCCGUCCGUGCUCUGGCGGAUCUUCCAGAAGAGAAAGACGCUGCCUUCUACAAACAAAGACCUGGCGGAUGCCUGUAGGGUGGAGGAAUUUAAUGUCCCUGGGAACAUCAUCCGUGUCUUGGCUGACCAAGGCCACUUCAUUCAUAACGGGCAGCCCCAGAGGUUGCUGUGUCUGCAGAAGCGUCUGUACUUUAAUCUCUCGGUGCUGGAGGAGGGCGAGCGCUUGACGAUGGCUCAGCUAGAGAUCAAAUUCAGCCACAACUCCUACCACACCUCCGGCCAGGGGCAGGUUUUUGAGCUGAGGCUCUACCAAACCUCCCAGAUUUCUCUACGGGGGAUGCCCCCCAACGAGCACGGCCGAAAACUGCUGGUGGAACAGUCCUUCGCCCAGCUGCACAAGUCUCUUCUCUUCAACCUGAGCAGGGUGGCGAAGGACUGGAGAACAUACAGCAGGAAUCUGGGCUUGAUCCUGGAGAUCUCGGUGAGUGGCAGAGAUGGUGCAUCAGCCCUGAUGAGCGGGGAGCUGCAGAGCCUCUGUGCCAGCAUCGACUCCUUCCUGGACACCUCUCUCCUGGUGGUGACCCUCAGCCAGCAGCAGUGCAAGGCUUCCAGGAGGAGGAGAAGCGCUCACUACCCCCCCGUCACUCCGAGCAACCUCUGCAAGCCCAGGCGGCUUUACAUCAGCUUCAGCGACGUCGGCUGGGAGAACUGGAUCAUUGCCCCGCAGGGCUACAUGGCUAAUUACUGCCUGGGUGAGUGCCCCUUUCCCCUGACCGCGGAGCUGAACAGCACCAACCACGCCAUCCUCCAAACCAUGGUGCACUCGCUGGACCCGGAGGGGACCCCCCAGCCCUGCUGCGUCCCCGUCAGGCUGUCCCCAAUCUCCAUCCUCUACUACGACAACAACGACAACGUGGUGCUGAGGCACUACGAGGACAUGGUGGUGGACGAGUGUGGCUGCAGAUAGCGGAGCGGUGGGGGAAGCGUGUGCCGUGGGCUCCUGGCUGAGGCGGUGGAUGAGUGAUGGAAUAAAUCCAAGUGUGUUAAAUCCCCUCUGUGCUGGUGGUCAGGGAGGGUCCCGUUGGGGCGCUGAGUGUCGGAGCUCCCCCCUGGAGUCAUGAUUUACUAAUAGCCGGGUGCUCGGCCCUCCCCGCGGCUGUCUGCUACAGCCAGCAGCUUAUUAUGGGAUUAUGAUCAAGUCUGAUGCUGGCUGUUUAGUUUGUUUAUGAUGCUGGCACCAGGUUGUGAAUCCCAGACCCCUCGUGCUUGGCCAAGCUGCCGCUGGUCCCAGCGAGGGACCCGCAGCAGGGCUUGUGCUUUUUUGGGUAAAUGCUGCAGCUUGCUUAGUGCAAAAAGAAAUGAUGGGUUUUUUUUGGUGAAAUGAUGGUGGUGGGGCCCUGCUGUGCCGGGAGGAGGUGACGUGGCAGCUCUGGUCCUGCUGCAGGAAGAUGUAUGGUGUCACAGCACGAGCUGCAUCGCUGCGGCUCUGUGUGACUGAAUCCCUUCCCGCAGCGGUGUCGGAGCCUGGAGGGGCGCGGGUUUCGUUCUCUCUUGCUGGGGGAAAUCGAGCCUGAGCUACUUCUGUUGUGCGGUUUGGGGGCAGGGGCUGUACAUGGCUCCGAGCUGCCGAGGGGCAGGGUGCUGCCGGAGGGGUGGUUGUGGCUGAGGAAAGAAAAGGGGGAGUGGGGGGGGGGGGGGGGGGGGUGCGGUGCCCCGAUGCAGAGGUGGGCACAGGGUGGUACGGGGGGGGGGGGAGUCGGUGGCAUCUUGUUCCCUCCCAGCCUGCUGGGAGUCAGUGGUUAAUUUACCUCAUUUGCAAAUUGAAGAGACCGGGGGUGGGUGUAGCCCUGCCGGACCAGCCUGACCCGCAGCUGGAGCCAGAUGGCAGCCAAGCAUCAGCAACGGCAGCUCCGCACCGCGCAGCAGCGUACCCAGCCCAUUGCAGUAGCAUGGCCAUGCUCUUAGCAAGUGUUGUAAUGCCGCUAACAAGAGCGAGCAGAGCAGUGCGGCAGGGACCCAGCCCUGCACCGUCUUCUCUGAGCAGCGGUGAUCACCGAUGGAGGAGCUGCCGCUUUUCUUCCACCUUUCAGCAGUCACGGCCCUGGGGCAGCUGGGCCUGGGCGUCCCUGUGUCGUGCUGGCUGGUGUCAAACAGCUGAUGGGACCCGACGCCUGGCCCUGGACUGGGGUUUAGCACCAGCCUGUCCAGCUGCAGCUUUCUGGAUCCAGCUUUGCUUUGCUUUUUUUUUUUUUUUGUGUGUGUGUGGGGGGUUUGCAAAGGGGGAACAGAAAAGGAAUCUGAAUUAGACUUGAAAUUGUUUUUUUGUCUCUUUGUUUUACUGUGAACCUGACACCAUAGCAUAGAUUGUGGUGGUGUUUGUUUUUUGCUGGGUGGGGGUUUUUUUGGUUUUUUUUUUUUUUUUGUACCAAUGCUGUGUUGUCUCCAAGCUCUGAUGAAGUAUUACCAGGCUAAACUGGGCCUUCUCCCUCUGGGAAAGCACUAAAGGUUUAACCACUGUUGGACUUGCAGAGGAACUGUCUUCCUGUCCCCUGGGACAGUUUUUGCUAACACCCCUGAGCUGUGUAGCUGCAGAGCAGGACUGGAGUAGCUGAAGUACUUCAGCUGUGUAGCAUACUAAUGUUUUUAUGUUCAAAUGUUUUUCUUGCCUAGCAGAGGGCUCCAGCGCAGACCAGCCCUGUGUUACUCCAGCAGAUGACCAAGCGUGAUGUUGAAACCCAUUUCAAGCACUUAACUGUUUUAAGGGCUUAGAGUAGGGCUUAACUAAAGCAAGCAGGAGUCAGUUUUUUCACAUUUAGGAUAGGCAGGAUUAAGAAAACCUUUAAGUAUUAGUUAGUUGGUACCUGUGGCAGACUAAGGCUCUCCUUCACAUAGGGUGGGGAUGGCAGAUGCCAUCCCUGGUUCUCCAACAUGAUGGAGGGUGACUGCCCCCCCCCGCCUCACCCCCGACACGGAGCAGCUGCAGUGAGCUGAUACACAGGGUGGUGCCAGGCCCAGCUUUGCUGAGCCAGCCCUGUACUGCAGGUAAAUGCCAUGUUCAUGUUUACUGCAGCACAGGGGAAGGAGGAAGAGGAGGAGAGCUGCCAGGCAGGACCUAUCACCUCUAGUCCCAGCCUUUCCUAACUCCUGCAGCCCCUGGGAUGGUGAAGCAGAGGAGGGAAGAGGGGUAGGGCACUGAACAGAGUUUCUACAGUUCAUUUGCUUACCCAUGUAUGCUAUGCACACACCUCACUUUUGUACUAGUCUGUUUAAAAAAAGAAGUAAUAAACUUGACAUUUAUACAAUCAGA